ACGCCUGUGCUUACACAGUAUGGCCGGCGAUAUUAGCUAGCGCUCGCUCAACGGUAUUCUCUGAAUAAGGGAAGACGGUGAAAUUAAGAAAAAAGACAACCGGACUGCUACAGGACUGAAGUAAAUAAUUAAGUUAUCAAUAUUAAGUAACGAUUAAUUAAAGUAAACAGAGCCCAACCUAUUCAUUUCUGUUGUUGGUAUUUCUUGACUCACGAUGGAGGAGAACGGUGCACACUUCUUUGAAGGGACCGAGAAGCUGCUGGAGGUGUGGUUUUCCCGACAAGAUGAGACCAAAGGAACGGGGGACCUCCGUGACAUCCCAAGGUUUGAGUGGGACAAACUUUUGGAGAAUGUGCAUUGUUUGAUCGUAAGUGUGACAAAAACUGACAGGCAGGAAGCUUAUGUACUCAGUGAGAGUAGCAUGUUUGUCUCCAAGAGACGUUUCAUUUUGAAGACCUGUGGUGCCACCCUCUUACUGCAAGCACUGGUUCCACUGUUGGAGCUCGCCCGGGAAUACAGUGGAUUUGAUGCCAUUGAGAAUUUCUUCUAUUCCCGCAAGAACUUUAUGAAGCCGGCCCAUCAAGAAUACCCUCACAGGAACUUUCAGGAGGAAGUGGAGUUUCUGAAUGAGAUUUUCCCAAAUGGGGCGGCCUACUGUAUGGGACGUAUGAAUUCUGAUUGCUGGUACCUGUUCACUCUGGAUGUCCCAGAGAAUCAGGAACACAAGCAACUGGCAGACCAGACAUUAGAAGUCUUGAUGAGCGAUCUUGACCCAGCGGUUAUGGACCAGUUCUUUAUGAAAGAUGGCGUUACUGCAAAUGAUGUCACUCGUAUGAGUGGAAUACGUGACCUGAUACCAGGUUCUGUGAUCGAUGCCACAAUGUUCAACCCUUGUGGUUAUUCUAUGAAUGGGAUGAAAACUGAUGGAACUUACUGGACGAUCCACAUCACUCCAGAACCAGAGUUCUCUUAUGUUAGCUUUGAAACCAACCUCUCUCAAGCAUCCUAUGACGAUCUGAUCAGGAAAGUUGUGGAUGUCUUCAAGCCAGGGAAAUUUGUGACAACCAUGUUUGUGAAUCAGAACUCCAAAUGUCGCAGCGUCUUUUCUUCCGCCCAGAAACUCGAAGGUUUCAAGCGCCUCGACCGCCAGUUGGCCCAAUUCAAUGAUUACAACUUUGUUUUUACCAGUUACACCAAGACUCGUCAGCAGAACCAGCAGAGUUGAACAGAGAACAUGAAGAAGAAACGCAAGAAGAAAGCCUGCAGUGUGGGCCUGGGCAGCCCACUAGAUGCAUGUAGUACCGAGGGCCACUGGGAAAGCUGUUUACAUUCCUUUGGCCCUCGGAGUUACAACAAUUCUAGUUUAACCUCCCAUUUGAAUUGUAUGCGUUAUUGUUACACUGAGUUAGAUAUCUUGCAUGAAUGCUCUUUUCUCUGUUUAGGUAUGUUAGCUCACUCUUGCUGUGAACUUGAAGUGCAUGUAGAAAAAUUCAACUUUUACUAUAUGAGGCUUUCCAGCACUCUGAAGAACUCUAGCUGCAGGCUGGCAUGCUGCACAGCCUUCCUCCAGGCAUCAUCCCAGAUCCCCCACAGACAAGGCUUCCGCGCUCACUAGGCAAGAACCUGGCAUGCUCAGAUGGCCUGUUUGCAUUCUGUUGAUUUUCACAAAUGUAUGUUCACUAGCCCCUAUUUUUAGAGGUGGCUAAGGACUUGGUUGUGGUUUAAACAGGCUUGCUAAUGUCAAAAUAAAAUAUAUACCAGAUUAAAAUUAAGUUUUAAGUAAAUACCUACAGGUUUUCUGUUUAUGAAACAGAUUUAAAAUGACUGUUCACAAAUUAGGGUUACAUAAUCUCUUUACACCUGAAUGACUUAACUUGAGUCAGAUAUGAAAAAAGGGUCAACUGUGUGUACAUACAAUAGUAUGUUUGUAUUGUCUGGCACUUACCCAGGAAAUCUGUUUUCCACAUACGUGGAAUAAAAAAUAUAACCUCAAGUAAAUGGCAAGCAUAUGUACAGUUAUUACAUUUAAAUGCAGUCUAGAAAAUCCAUCUUGCUUGGUAAAAUUGAAAGCUUCUAGUCCAUUUUCACAUUCUUACUCAAAUUUUUCAAUUUAAUUUUAUUCAUUUAAUUAAAAUAAGUAUAUAGACUGCGGAGUCUCCAACUAGCUAUCUGUCUAUCUAUUAUAAAUGUUUUUUUGUUUUUUUUUAAUCCCACAAAACACUGAUGUAGGGUUUAUUCCUGUCUUGCGUAACAACCUAAGUCCCAACACUUGUCUCCUAGGAUUCCAACCUCUAUUCCCCAUUUUUUAUAAACUUGGCAAAGAGGGAAGAUCUGAAAAGAGUACAUGGAAUUCUUUCCUUGCCCUUUGGAAGUUCCACAAGGCAGAUUCUUCUAAAGCAUGUCAUGUCUAAUAUUCUUUAUACAGUGUGGUAUGAUAGCUGCUGUGAGUGUAAUUCACUAUAUGCUAGUACGGUUGAGUGGCUUUCCUUGGCAAGUAUUUUUAGAGGUGGUUGUGGAGUCCCUUCUCUCUUGUUGAGCGUUUCUGCCAGGACUUGCAAUGUGAAUGACGAGGUUAACUGGAACUAGUUUGUUAGGUGCCCCAACUUGUGGUUGUGAUAUUCCAAGGGGGAUAGGAAAAGUGCUGUAUAGGCUAGAGAUUGGAGUGAGGCCUGCAAACUGGCAGCAGAGUGACACAAAUGUCCAGUCGCCCGAGUUGCAAUUAAAUAUGUGAGUUGUGGCAGUCUGAAGGUAAGUGCCCUUUCAUCCAUACACGCUGACUGCUAGUGUGUUUUGAUUCACGUGAUUAUUAGUAAUGAUUGUAAGAUUAUUUUUCAGAUUUGUCCCGUUUCAAAUCUACUUUUAGAAAAUAAGGAAAAAAACAUUAAGUCCAGAUGUAUUAUAUUGCUACCUGGCAGCUGUUUGAUACAGGUGUGCCAAGGAAAUGCUAGUGAAAGCUGAAAGAUGAACAGAGCUGUACACAUCAUCCAGCUGACUCCUUCUUUUGAAAUAGUAAUUUGAGACAGUCGGAUUGCCGGAGGAUGAUGCUUUGACACUGCGUCCCCCCAGCAAUGUCCCCAGUAAUGAAUCAGACACUUUGCUUAGUGGUGUGGGUUGCCCAGCAAAGCAUUUUAUUUUUGGAACAAUACUUUUUGUAGAGAAAUUGGUAACCAGACAAUAUACACCCCAAUCUGAGCGUGCCAGGGUCAUCCCGGAUCAUUCUACACUUAACGGUGGCAUAAACUGCCAUGUUUUUUAUUUUGUCUGUUUUUAUUGUGAGCAGACAUUCUGCUUGCAUUGGUCCAAAAUGUGACUCUGUUGCAGUUUUUGGAGCAGGGUCAGUGCCCUUUGUAUAGUGUUGGAAACAUCCUGUGACAUUGUGGUGCAUGUGACUUCCAUUGCUACUGCUUGACAGUGUUGUGUCUAGCAUUCUGUUCCUCCUAUACAAGUUCCUAUGGUAAAUCUUGUUCCUAAUGUUUUAAUGGCUGUUAAGAUAAGCAAGGGAUUGAGUCAUCUUAGACCAGAAAUCUAAAGUAGUAAUAUCUUAUCUCUAGAUGAUGGAAAGUGUUUGAAAUCUUUAUAUAUAAUUACAUGUAAUGUAGUGUUUAAAGCGAGUCCUUAAAAAUCCAUGACUUUGGGCUAAGUUCUAAAUAAUGUAAAAUUAUUUGGGAGCAGUAAUGAAAGAUCUUUGGCCCCUUGAAGAGCAAUGGCUACAGAUUUUAAUGUGACUGGCUAGUUACUUCACAUUGCCUAUGCCCUCUAGCCAGAACACAUUACCCCUGUCCUCUCCCCUGCUAGACGCAAAGUUGUGAAUUUAAAAUGGACAAAGUCUAAAAUGCACUUGUUUUAAAUGGGGAUGGGGAGAGACACACACUUUAAGCACUACAGAUAAUAAAAAAGGGAGUUUCUUUGUUUGCCAGGUGUCCGAUUCUUUACUUUUUGGAAUGACUUAUGGAAUAUUUCUUUGAGGUUACAGAUAAGGAUAUGGAAAGCAGAAGUAUUUCAUUUUUUAUUGAAGGUACUGGUUAAUAACCAGGGAUUCAAAUAACUGCCCACUCCCCAUGAAAUAAAGCACUUCUUUAAAUACAUCUGUGUUUGGAUCAGAGACCACUGGAAGUGAAUCGCCUCCACUACCAGCAAAUUUCAUUAUACAUUUAAAUUAGCUUUUUGGCACUAUUAGUUUUUAGAUUCCACAAGGACCAACUUAUUUUGCUGUCCUUGCUGGGUGAUCCAUUUUAAAACCCAACAAAAAAAAAAUAGUUAUUUCAACCCCUGCAUAAACCCGUGUGAGCAGCUCACUUUUAAUAUGCUGCAGCCACACUAAUAGGAGCACUGAUUGCAUGAAAGGACUGGUUAAGAAUAUUGGCACCUGCACUCUCCAAAUGUCAUUCGAAAUGACUGUUUUUGGAAUGUAGUUUUUCCUUACCGUCAUUAAAUCUAUGUUGGGUUGGUUUGGAACAUUGUGUGUUACUUUUUAUACAGACAAAACUACUGUAGUUCAGAGAACUGCUGAUGUUUCUGUAGUAGUUAGCAGACUUCACUGUUGAAAAUGGGUAAUCUAUAGUGCUGUAUAUUAUUAGAGGUACUUUAUUUCACUGAGGACCAAUUUAGCUGCUUAGGUAUUUUUUAGUUUCUUUUAGUUUUGUUACUGCAGUGUUCCAGAUGAUUUAAAUAUAUAUUUAAUGGGUUGAUUGCUGGUGUUAAGAAUGGAGGGAAGUUUACCAAAAAGGAAAAACAAAAAUACACAAAACCAUGUUAAAACAAGGAAAAAAAAAUGUUAGGUGCAUUAUUUUUGUAGAACCGUAGGAAGGAUACAAUUAAUGUUGCAAGCCUCUGGUGAUGUUACAGUGGCAUUACAUCUGGAUGUUUCUGAAGGGUUAGGGUUCU